AUGAUUUAUAGUGUUUUGUUUCUGCUGAGUAUACUAACUCACAGUUUUUCAAUUUCGUGCCACCCGAAAUGCCAAUGCAUAUGGAGAAAAGGAAAAGUAACAGCAGAAUGUUCGAUGGCUGGCUUUGAAAAAAUUCCUCCCGGUUUAGAACCAACCAUUCAAGUCUUAGAUUUAACUCGGAACAAUUUCACACUCUUACCUCCAAAUGCGUUUCUGAAUGCUGGUUUAGUAAACCUUCAAAAGCUUUAUCUAGCUCGUUGUGGGAUAGAGCAUAUUGAUGAUUUCGCAUUGAAUCGAAUUUCAAAUCUGGUGGAGCUUGACCUCAGCGAUAAUCUUAUUUCUUACAUUCCUACAGCUGCAUUUCGUCAUUUGCCAUUAUUGCGGCAUCUGAUUUUAAGUGGAAAUCCACUUGUCAUCAUUCCAACUCAAGCUUUUGUGGAAUUAAAAACCCUGAUCAUCUUAGAAGUAAGCGGCUGUAAAAUUGAUACUAUUGCCACCAGAGCUUUUGAAGGUCUAGAGAAACUGGAAGUUUUAAAAUUAGACAGUAAUGACCUUCAAACUCUUCACGCAAAAACUAUGAUGCCAUUUAAAUUUCUUCAUGGAAUAACCUUAGAUGGUAAUCCUUGGACUUGUGAUUGUGAACUUCGUGGCUUACGUCAGUGGCUACACGAAAACAACGUUCCUUAUAUUCCUCCUACUUGCUACAGACCAGUAAGACUGCGUGAUAAAAUAUGGACAGAGGUCAAUAUUGAGGACUAUGCUUGUGCUCCCACUUUUUUAAAUACAUCCAGUGCCAUGAAUGUAUUUGAAGGUUCAAACGUAACAUUGGAGUGCAAAGUCUCCGGGGAUCCUAUUCCGUCUAUACAGUGGCUGUGGAGAGAAAGGGUGAUUGCUAACUUAUCCGAAGGUAUAUCAUCCAUGCAGACUUUUAUAAUGUCUGAAUACGCCGAAAAAGAAAAGAAUUCAAGGUUACGAAUAUCAUCUGUUCAAGAGCCGAAUGCAGGUGUAUAUACUUGUGUUGCUUCCAAUACAGCUGGAAAGGUUGCUAAGAAUUUUACGUUAAUGGUAUCCAGAAUUCCAGUUACUGGUGUAAAAAUUAUAGAAGAAGAGAAAACUCAAGAAGUUAAAGAAGAGGAAGAAGAUAGAAGUAAUUCAAUGGCUGGAAUGGCCAUCGGUAUGGUUACUGGAGCUGUUAUUGUCCUAGUUAUCCUUUCGGCUGUUCUUUAUAUUUGCCACCGUAGGAGACAAAGAAAUGCGCAGCGUAAAAGAAUUGAAGCUAACCACAAAAUGUGCAACUCGGUCAAUCCAACUUCUCCGAAAGCUGCUCAAGACAACUCUGACUUGAAGCUACUUGGAGUUAAUCCCAUGGGAAAGGCAAAUCGCAUCGGAGGCUAUGAAAACCUACCAACUAAUGAAAUAGAUCAUUACGAUCCCGUUUUGGAUGCUGCUAGACAUGGAACCGAUCACUAUGUCGAUGCUUCUAAAGAGCCACCAGUUUGGAUGGUAAGAGAUAUACAUAUACCGACAGCUGAUUUGCAAUGGGACGGUCAUAAUCCUCCACCAGUAAUGAUGAUACCUGCAGCAGCUCUUGAUGACAAACGAAACACUGUCCCCAUGAUGAUGCCUGGUUCCGCAGAUGAUAUUCAUGUACGCUUACACCAUGAGCUUUCUGAUACCUUGCGUAAAAAAGGUGGUGACCGGAAAGAGAGAGAACGUGGUGAUGGCAGCUCUGAAAUGGAUGCGAUGGAUCCUGAAGGGAUGAAAAUGAACUAUGAUACCCCAACUAUACGUGAAGAGGAAAGAAACAGCCGUGUUUCAUCAUUUUUGUCAGAUAAAUGCUCUGAAGAAAAAGGUCCUGAUUUGAUAGAUCAUGCUCGUGCUAUUCCCGGAGAUAACGAGGAUUGGAAAAACAGCCCACCGCAGCAAUGGAUGUAUCAGCCCAAUAUGGAUCCUGGUGCAGAAUUUUAUAGGAGACCGGCCCAAGCUAAAAGCAUCACUGCUGCUUCUCGUAUGAGUAGUGACGGAGAAUCGACAGCCACUGAAGUGUAA